UUAUAUGUCGCGAGUCGUCUGCUUUUUGUCUGCGGUUUUUUUUUUUUUAUAUCAAGUUGUCAUUCAGGAACGAAGAGGAAUUCUCAAAGAAUGACUACUUUGCAGAAUAAAAGUGUUUUGCUGAAUGAAAAUAAAACUGUUCAAAUCUGUGAUUUAUCACCGAAUUUAUUUAAUGCUAUAAUAGUGGGCAUUGUAAUCACUAAGCAAGAUGUUAAAAAUGUUCAGAGUAAAAGAAAACCUGGAACGGAACGAUAUGUUUUAGGAUUUACAUUAAGAGAUUCUCCAAAUGACACAAUAAAUAUAACGUGUUGGGGUGAUGAACAUGAUGUAAAUAAUAUUAGUAAUCAAUUUCAAAUUAUGGAUGUAGUGAAAAUUAAAAAUCCUCAAAUACAAUUGAAGCAUUCUGCUAGUUCUGACAAUCGCUACAGACCUGAAGUUAGCAGUCCCUUCCAUUUAAAUAUUAGUGCUAAAUAUAGUGAAGUAAAUAUAUGUUUUGAAGCACAAGAAAAAUAUGAUUGUUUAAUCCAUAUUCCAACAAAAUUUAAUCAAUAUUAUAAUUUGGUUGAUAUCAUUAACAAUGGACAAAAUAUUGAUGGAAAACAUGUUAAUCUUUUGGUUGGAUUAAAAUCUGUAAGUGGUUUUUUUUUAUUUCUUUAUAUUUUGUUGUUAUCAUCAUCAUCGUCCUCAUAAAUU